GCUCUGCGCAUGCGCACUGGAAUGUGGACUUGACAUCGCGGAGCAGUACUGCAAUCCAUCGAUUCGGGACCGAAGAUUAUCCAUUUGCCUUCUCGGAAGACUGGUGGCACCUGUACAUAUUAGUCCAUUACAACUGUGUAACAAAAGCGAUCAUGUCAAUGGGAAGUGACUUUGGGAACCCUUUACGGAAAUUCAAACUUGUUUUUUUAGGGGAGCAAAGCGUUGGAAAAACAUCGCUAAUAACAAGGUUCAUGUAUGACAGUUUUGACAACACUUAUCAGGCAACAAUCGGAAUUGACUUUUUAUCAAAAACCAUGUAUCUGGAAGACCGAACUGUGAGGUUACAGCUGUGGGACACUGCGGGGCAGGAGCGUUUCAGGAGUCUCAUUCCGAGCUACAUAAGAGACUCCACAGUGGCUGUGGUGGUGUAUGAUAUAACAAAUAUCAAUUCAUUUCAGCUAACCUCCAAAUGGAUUGAUGAUGUCAGAACAGAGAGGGGAAGUGAUGUCAUCAUCAUGCUAGUGGGCAAUAAAACAGAUCUAGAGGAGAAAAGGCAAAUCACUAUAGAAGAGGGGGAACAGAGAGCUAAGGAGUUGAAUGUGAUGUUCAUUGAGACCAGUGCAAAAACCGGCAGUAACGUUAAACAGUUGUUCCGGCGAGUGGCUGCUGCAUUGCCUGGAAUGGAGAACUUGGAUGAUAAUAACAAAGAAGGAAUGAUCGAUAUUAAGCUGGACAAACAACCAGAUCCUCCAGCCACUGAAAGUGGGUGUUCCUGUUAGUAAAAAGCAGUAUGGACCUUCAUUUAACACCACACGCUUGUUCUGUUGCUUCCUAUGGGUCCACGUCCAGUUGAAUUUUAUGAUCGGAUAUAGGCUUUUUACAUCUAUCUGAAUGGGUCUAAAACUAUACUCUUCAGUCGCAAGAAAAAAUCAACACUGUCAGUUCGAUUGCCAAAAUAUUAUCAUAGGUAAUUCAAAGUGACUAGCUAACAGAUUCAUAUAAGACAGGAAGUGGCAUGUGUACCAUUUUUGGACAAAAACAUUCAGAGUGAAUUAUCGGUUGUUAUGUUUUGUAUUUUUGUACAUUACAAAAGCACUAAACGAUGCCUUCACAAAACCAAGAAGACGAAUUAAGACGGAUGUCAGAUUAACUUUCAUUCGACUAUAGCAUGCAUGUAAAACAACUUUUAGAAUCUGUUAUGUCCUUUGGUCCGUACACAUCAGUAGUAAAGAAAUUAAUGAAAAAAGAAAAAAGAGCGAGAUCCUGUUCAAAGUCUCAGUGUGUGUAUACCGUACAUCCUACAUGCUAAUCCAGCGGCAGGCCUCAGUGAGAGGUGUGCGUACUCUGGCUAACCUUUAAAGUGCGGUGGCACAGUUGCAAAGAACCAACGGAUUUUUCGGCUAGCUUCAUGUAUACACUUUAGAUCCGCCAGGCGGUACUGUAUUGUAUAUAGUAUUUAUAUUAUUGUGAACAUCCAUCAUUUAGACUGUGGUUUAUGUUCACCUGUAUAAAUGUUUUUUUUUUUUAUAUUAAAAGGGCUUCACUUUUAUUUUCUUCAUCUCACCUGUAGCCAUACACUGCUAGUGAAGUAUUACAUAUGAUUUGGGCAUUUUGUUUUGCCUUUUACUGUUUUACAGAUCUGCAGGGUCAUAUGAUUUUAAAAAGAUUAUAUCUGAAGGCAUAUUUAUUAUUCACUGUUAAAAGAAGGACAUUUUCCGGUUGAUUACUGUAUAUCUAUGUUUUUUGUUAUAUAUAUUUUUUUGUUUGUUUGUUUGUUUUGCUGCCACCUGAAAAUCAGAUAAAGAGAUAAAGUGUCAUUCGCUCGGUUGAGGUAGAGAAGAUGAAUUUGAGGUGAGCCUUAGAAACAACUGGAUUGUCAUUUCAAAUACAUGUACGUCUGACAAGGAAAUGUAUUGUUUUCCAUAUCUUAAAGUGGUAAAACAGGCAAAUGAUUGUCAUAUUACUCAUUUCUGGCAAGAGAUGAUGAAGAACAGAUGUUGAAAUUCAUAAUGUUAGCUGGAGGUGAACACUGUUUUUCUGUAAUGUCUUUAGCUAUUUUUAAAACUGGGAGAGAAUGUACGACAAUGCUCGCAAUUGACUCACAACGUUCAGGUUAUUGCAACAGCUAAAGAAAUGUGAGUUUUCUGAAUGUGUAAAAAAAUUAUUUUAUGUUUUUAUUUUAUUUUGUAUUUUAAAUUGUUUACAUAAAUGCACUGGUUAACACCACUGACUGUAAAGAGAUUAUUGGAAUAAUUUAGGCUAUAUUUAACAUUUAAAAUAUAUUUAAUUUUAAUAUGACUUCUGGUGCCAAUAAUUUAUUAAUUUGAACCGAAAUGGGCAUUUUUGUUGGACGCGAGGAAUUACUGUGACUGAUUUGUUGGAAUUUACAGUUAGCUUUGCUUGGAUAACUACAGUACAGGUGAUUAUUGAAUGGGCCGGCUUUGGGGUGGGGUUAAGGAGUUUUGCAUUGCACACAGCGUAUGUCAUCUUUCACAUUUCAUAUCUAUCGAUCCUCCAUUUCCUCUGGGUUUCUUUUUCAUCUUUCACAUUUGUUCACUAGUUGUGCCUUCUGUUGUUGUAACCUCACAAUAAAAAGCUUUCACUGUAUGGCUACCUAAGGACAUGUUAUAGACCGAGGAGGGAUGGUUAUUGACAGGUUGGCCAGGCAAUUGACAGAUUCCAGUUCUGUGAUUAAAUACACCUGGUCAAGCCAAUAUAACAAUAACAUUCAAGGAUUUAGAGCUGAGGAUUUAGAGCUGAAUCUGUCAAAAUUGUUGCCAUAUGAUUGUGUAAAGCUGUGUAGUUGGCUCUUUAUUCACUCUGUAAGGACAUUUAUGAGCAUGACAUCUGUCUGAGAAAAUCAAUAAAAUCCAUGUCUUAAUACCA